AUGGAUGACACCUCUGGCUCUCCAAACAACCUACCCCCAGAGCUCUUACUGCACAUCUUCUCCCUCGCAUCUGAGUCUCCUCAGACAUCUGAGCUUAUCUCACCGGGCAUCUUCUUACCCACGCUUGCACGCCUGAACAAGACGUUCACAGAGGUUGCCAGGAAACUACUCUACACAGAUGUCUGCCUGCGCUCUCAUGGAUCACUAUCUACUCGCGAGGUCGUGCGGCGCUUCCAAUGGUCUCUCGUCGUUCAGCCAUCUCUUGCCUCGUACAUUCGCGGCAUCAGCUAUGGUGGCGACUUCGACGUAUCAGAACAAGAGAUCAAACAUCUCGCCGACGUGAUAUCCCGGAUAGAGCAUCUGGAGCGUCUGCGUAUCUUUGGCUGGGAGCAGUACUCGCUGCCUCGCCUGGCAGAGGCUGUGCGCUCCAGCCACCGGCUUCGCUCACUCGAACUGAGCGUCUUCAGCCUCACACACGCAUACGGCGGCAGCAUCUUCCGCUCAUUGAUCCCGUUCUUCGAGAUGCUACACGGCUGGCCGGAGAUAGAAGAAUUGACGGUGCACAGCCAAACUAUGGGAUGGGAACGUGGUGCCGCAUUGGACAACUUCACACUGAGCAACGUCGCGCCGGGUCAAUGUUCGCGCCUGACGAAGCUCGUAUACCGCAGCGCCGAGUACUGGGAGGACCGGCAUAUACGCGCUAUAUCCACCAUGGCGCCAAACGUGAAGGAAGCGCGCCUCAGUGGUGUGCUCACGGGCAUGGGCCGCGAAGAGCUUGGACUCGCACUGCGCAAAUGGGCGCCGCACCUCGAGCGCCUCGAGCUGCACUUCCCCAAUACGGAGGCCGAUCACGGGCAUAACGCGCUCGGAGUGGACGACGCGCUUCGAGCCAUGGACAAGCUCGUUGAACUCAGUGCUGGCACGGCCUACUUGCAUGUAGCCUCCCUAGUACGAGGGUUCGAUCAGCUUGAGAAGCUACAGCUGCGCGUGAAGGAUCACGAAUGCGAUGAAGUUAUCGGGCUGCUGCACGAUGUGCACGCGCUUCCACAUCUCAGGGAGCUCGACUUGUGGCCGGAGAAGUCGCUUCCCAGACUUGUCGCUAUUGAUCUUCCCGAGGCAUGUCGCUCUCGGGGCAUUGCGUUGAGCAUCAACGGCAGGAAGGCCGUGAGCCUCGGGGAAGAUGGUUCUGGCGGGCCGUGA